AGGAAGUACAAACACAGAAACACCCGCUACGUGCCCGCUACAGAGCAACAAUUGUUCUUAGCGCUACUUGCGGCGUUGUAUUGUACUAAAGGGGCCACAAUAUCUCCUGCUGAUUUGGCGACAAGCUGAACGGUUUAGCAUUUGGCGAAGCGGGUUCUAGCAGUCUUUCAAGCUGCUGUUUGUGUGUGUGUGCGGCGUUGCGGUGUUUGUUAGCGGAGUUUUAUCUUAAGUUGUGUACACACUGACCGCGAUUAUGUGUUCUGGGCUUGGUUCCUAGCCUGAGGGUUCGUUGUGUCUUGUAGAGUUGAACGUGUUUGAGCAGCGCGGAAUGACAGCGUGAAGCGCCCCAAAGAGCGGUGGUGUCCCGUGAUCCGCCGACGAUCGGAAGACCAGCCCGGCGCGACGUCAAGUGUUGGGACGCAGCUGAGAGCUUCUGCUGUGUGCUGUCCCUCGUGACGAGGGGACCCGUUGGUGCCCGACGGCGUUGUCUUUGCUGACCAGGGGGGCGGUGUUCUGCCCUUGCGCACACAUGCGCCGCCGAGGUUCGGCCGCCGAAAGUGCUCGGGGGCGUUGAUGCGGGCACGUGCUUGUUCUCGCUAGACUCAGCGGUCCUCGCCUGCUUGGCCAUGACGGCCGAUGCUAUGGUUCAAAACCAGGACGUGGCCUGCUACCUGGUCACCAAGUUGUCCUGGAAGGGCAAAUAUGCGCGGGUGUUCUCGGUGGGCACCCAGGGCAUCCGCACCUACAGCCUGCCCUACAUGGAGAUCACCAACCAGUGGAGCUACGGUGACUUCCUGCGCAUCCAGCCCUUGGGUUCGGGCCACGAGUUCUCCAUCACGUUCCGUAAGGGUCGCAAGGGCGAAAACAGCAUGCGAUUCCUCUCCGAACACCGUGCUGACAUCAUCACCCGUGCACUGGAUUUCAAGCAUCUGUUUGCUGAGCCUUGCAAAGAGACUGCGUGUUACCGGGCUCGCAAGCUGCAUUGGUCGGACGAAGAGCAAACGGUGGAGCUGGAGUUGGGCUGCCAGGGUUUUGUGCAGCGGGAUCCUGCCCAGAAAGGUCGCGUCCUCGGCACGUACCCGUAUCGUGAUUUGCGGGGCAUGGCCGCCCUAUCAGACGCACCAGGAGGUCUGGUGCUUGCUACCGGACACGAACGCCUGCACGUAUUUAUCGUGGAAAAGAGAGAGGAGCUGAUGAAGCGUGCUGUGGACUGGGCCAGCCAGCACGUGGGUGUCCAGCUGUCGUUCCGUGAGCCGAUGACGCGGGUGUCAGCAAGAGAGGCCCGCCUUGGACGGUACAGUACUGACGAGGCACUCACAUCUCUAUGCGAGUUCGUGGUUCACAAGAUUUCUCCGCGUCAUGAGGAUCCUGUGAGACGCCUGCUGUGCCUCACGGAGAGCUGCCUGCUGGAGAGGGACCCUUCGACAUACACGGUGGUCACGUUGAGGCCAUUGGCUGACGUGUGCCGCAUUGUCCGGUCGAGAGAUCAAGUGCAACAAUUUUCCAUCGAAUAUGCUCAGGGGGAUACGCGCCAUUACAGUUCCAGUGAUCGGGAUGCCCUACUAGCCACGCUGCUGGAUGGGGUGCGUGCAUCAGGUAAUGGAGAUGUGCUGGUGUCGGGGCAGCCGGGCCAGUGGGGACGAGGCCGGCGGGUGGGGCCGCUCGGGUGCCCACCCGACGAGGAUGUCGAGGCUACCUACGUGCGCAUGCUUCACACACCGCCACCUACCGGUCACUGGAGCUAUUCCGAGAUUCUACUUCGCUUCAACAGCAAUGUGCCUUACAGUGGGCUCCUCAACACGGCUACCAAAGAGGGCUUCUUUGCGGAAAACAAGGAGAAGCAGGUGCAGAAUGCCCUGCUGUCGGUGCUGGACCAGGAGAUGCCCUUGGAGAUAAUUGAGGCCCAGCUCCAUGCUUUGAGGCGGCUCUUCGCCUCGAAGCCUGGCUUCGCUGCCUUCAACCAGAUUUUGAGGGUCCGGGAACGGGUUGGCCUGCUGGUCAUCAAGGCUCUCAAGCUAGAUGACGUCGGCGUGGCCCACGCGACCAUCGACAUGCUGUGCGCCCUAAUGCAGCCCAUGCACGACAAUGGCGACCUCUACCAUGAGCAGCAGAACAAGUUGGCAUUAUUGUCCUCAAAGGGCUUCCUUGAGGCCCUGCUGUCUAGCUUUGUGCAGCAUGUGGAGCGGGGCACAGGCGCCCUGGUCGUGAGUGCCUUGCUGGACCUGCUGACAUUUGCCAUGUGCCCGCCAUAUAGCGAGACGACAGAUGGUGCACAGUUCGACUCGCUACUUGAGCUGGUGGCCUCUCAUGGUCGUGUGGUCUUCCAGCUCUUCCAGCAUCCGUCGGUUGCCAUUGUGAAAGGGGCAGGCCUGGUGAUGCGUGCAAUCAUAGAGGAGGGAGACACAGAGACUUCCCGGCGCAUGCAAUCGCUCGCACUGGCUGAGGCAGCGCUUCCGCGGCACCUGCACGGUGCCCUCUAUGGCGGCGGGCAGGAGUCCCGGCUACUGGCCCUGCGGCAGCUGUGUCGCCACCUUGUGGGCCUCUGGGUCUCUGGCCAUGAAGCGGCCAUGGCAGCACUCAAGCGAAUACUCCCACCUGGCCUGCUAGCCUUCCUUGAAGACCCCAACAAGCCACCUGCCGACGCCGCAGUUCCCCGCCCGAGGGACAAUUUGCGUCUGGCAAACGACCAUUCGAGCAGCCGGGCACCCUCGCGGGCUGCACAGCAAUGGAAAGCGGUUGAGCGGCAGGUGGACAAGUUCCUCCAGCACUGGAGGCAGCGGACAACGCCGCCUUCAAAUGCCAACGACACGGUGCGGCCCGUCGUCCUCCGCAAACGACGCCAGCGUGUUCGUGUUGAAGCCAACUGGCCCAUGUUCUACUACCAAUUCUACCAGGACCACGCACGACCAGACCUCAUUUGGAACUUCAGGACGCGGGAGGAACUGCGGGAUGCACUGGAGGCGGAGUUGCGUAGCUUCUGCCAAGACCGGUCGGUGUGUGGUUCCGGCCUGCCCGUAGCCUGGAACCACUGGGAGUUUGAGGUGCUCUACCCAAGCCUGCAGGAGGAAGUACGCGUAGGCGACUACUUCCUACGCCUGCUUCUCGAGGAUGACCAGCCAACUGAAGGCGCCUCGGCCUCCUACAUCCGUCGCUCGUCUGAGUUCUUCAAUGACUUGUACCAUGCAUUCCUGUUGGCAUCAGAUGCAACACGACGCUGCCAGUGUCUUCAAGCUAUGGCACUUGUCUAUGGCCGCCAUUACUUGGACAUAGGACCGUUCAAUGACACCAAGCACAUACUCAGCAAACUGGACAAGUGUAUGGACCGGAUGGAGAGAGACCGUCUGCUCAUUUUCCUUAGCAAGCUGAUUCUUCACAAGCGCAAUGUCAAGGAACUCUUGGAUGCUGGUGGCCUGACUACUCUGGUGGAGCUGGUGACUUUGGCCCAUCGGCAUGUAAGCCGUGCACUUGUCCCAACACAGAUGAAUGUGAUAGAGGCAUCACCUGAGAUGGCGCUUUGCCUGGAGAAAGAGUGGCAUGUCGGCGGUGAGGACAAGGACCGGCAAGGGCCCUAUGGCUACGAUCAGUUGCAGGAGAUGUGGGCGGAAGGCAAGCUGUCUGCACGGACGAUGUGUUGGGCACAGGGCAUGGCUGGCUGGCAGCCCCUGGUGCGCGUGGCGCAGCUCCGCUGGGGCCUGCUUGCCACAGGGCAGGCCCUGCUCAACGAUGGCGAGCUUGCGGCAACCGUGCUCUCAGUCCUCUCGGCCAUCUGCUCCUUUUACCCAUCACGCGACUCGGACGGUGCCGUGGUGCGACCCAUCCCCCGUGCCAAGCGGCUCCUUUCCGAGCGCUCCAGCCUGGUCCACGUUGUGCAGGUCCUGUUGACCUUCGACCCCGUCCUAGUGGAGAAGGUGGCUCAGCUACUGCUGCAGGUCAUGGAGGAGAACCCAGCAGUGCAGCAGCUUUAUGCCACAGGCUUCUUCUACUUUGUGCUCCUCUACACUGGCUCUAACCUGCUGACAAUCGGUGAACUGCUACACCGUGCCCACACAUGCCAAGCGCACCGCUUCGAUGAAGGUAGCUCACUGACUCAGCGCAGUAUUCUAGGCCCUCUGCUACCAGAAGCUAUGGUGUGCUACCUCGAGAACCAUGGAGCGGCCAAGUUUGCCGAGAUCUUCCUGGGCGAGUUUGACACGCCUGAGGCCAUCUGGAAUGCGGAGAUGAGGCGCUUCAUGAUGGGCAAGAUUGCGAGCCACAUCGGGGACUUCACACCGCGACUCAAGUCCAACACGCGCGCCCAAUAUGACUACUGCCCAAUCCCACCCGUGCGCUAUCCGCAGCUGCAGAAUGAGCUCUUCUGCAACAUCUUCUACCUGCGGCACCUUUGCGACAUCCAGCGCUUCCCAGACUGGCCCAUCAAGGACCCUGUAGCGCUACUGCGAGAUGUGCUCGAGCGAUGGCGACAGGAGCUGGACCGCAAACCGCCACCACUUUCCAUGGAGGAGGCCUGUGCAACCUUGGGGGUCACACAGGAGCAAAAGUCAGAUGACUCAGUUAUUCGGCGUGCCUACUUUCGACUUGCUCAAAAGUAUCACCCUGACAAGAAUCCAGAAGGAAGGGAGCAGUUUGAGAAGGUCAACAAGGCGUACGAGCUGCUGUCCGACAAGACUCAACGCUGCUUUGAUGGGCCCGACCCCAUCAACCUUCAGCUGCUGCUCAAGACGCAGGCCAUUCUCUUCAGCCGACAUGCUAAAGAGCUGGAGCCAUACAAGUAUGCGGGCUAUGGGCUGCUGCUGCGGCUAAUGGAGUCGGAGCUGGACGACCCCCAACUGCGAAGCAAGGCCACACCCUUGCUGGGCGUAGCCAUCGAGACCGCCUGGCACACGUUGAGCUGUUCGCCACUCAAUGUUGAGGAACUGCGCAGGGAAGGUGGUCUCCAGCUGCUGGAGCGUGCACUGUCGUGCAGUGUGGAGAUGUUAAACCACAGCUCCCAGAAGGGCGCCCUGGAGGUGGAGGUGCUGAUGCAUACGGCACACUGCCUGGGUGUGGCAGCACAGUUCCCAGCCUGCCGGCAGGCCCUGUCCACCAUGCAGGGACUGUCCAGGGACCUCUGCCGAGGCCUGUACUUUGAUCACCUGUCAGAGCUAUGCCUGGCACUGGUGCGGUGUGUAGGUGCCCUAGCGGUGGAAGAUGCGCUGCAGACACGGCUGCUGGCAGCUGGCGCCCUCUUUCACCUUCUGUUGUCGGCCUUCCACUAUGACUACACACUGCGCGAGGGUGGUGUUGAGAGUGCUCUCGAGACCAACCAGCAGGAAGUUGCGAAUCGACUGGCUGAAGAGAGCAUUGGUGCGUGUGCACGACUGGCUGGCCUAGACGAGGCAUGCCCACCCAAUGCAGCUGCUCGCACGGCCCUGUCUGCACUGCUGACCCCAUACCUGGCCAGAAAGCUGGGCGUCCUUCCAGCUCCGGAACUUCUGCGGAUCUUGACGGCCAACACGGAGAACCCUUACCUGCUCUGGGACAAUGCCACCCGUGCCGAGCUCCGGGAGUAUCUGCGUGAGCAGCAGCGCUCAGUCGUGCGAUCGGGCGAGUGCGACGAAUCGUAUGGUGCCAACUUCGUGUACAGUGCCCACAAGGAGGAGCUGGUGGUGGGCGAGAUAUUUGUACGCAUCUAUAAUGAGCAGCCCACUUUCCCCCUUGAGAACCCACGCCAGUUUGCCCUGGACCUGUUGGACUUUGUGGGGUCCCAGGCGCAGUACCUGCACUCGGCCCGCUCACUGGAUGAUAACAACACGGGUACAGCAAGCGGUGGCAUCCAGCGAGUGGCACAGACAGAACAAGCCCUCCAAGCCCUGCACAAUGUGCUCCGCAACAAUCCUGGCCUGGAGAGCCUGUGUGUUGGCCACUUCCGGUUGCUGUUCUGCCUCCUCAGCCUGGACGGCUGCAGGGGCCUGCAAGCAGUCACCGUGCAGGUGAUCCAAGCGCUGACGGGAAGCCAAGAGUGUGUGAGCGACAUUGCCAAUUCGGAGGUGCUCGUCUACCUGCUGUUGGUGCUGGUCACCUUCAAGGAGGCUGAACAGAGGCUCGUGGUGCUGGACACACUUCUUCCGCUGGUUUCCAACAGCCGUCUCGUCAAGGAGGCCAUUGCGAAAGGUGCGGUGGUGUACUUGCUGGACCAGUGGUGCAAUGGCACGGACGAGACGCUGCGUGAGCGAGCGGGGGAGUUGCUGGCCAAGAUGGCAGCCGACAAGCUUCAUGGCCCCCUGGUGCGCAGCACAGCUGGCCGCUUCCUGCCGACCGUCUUCUUGGAUGCCAUGCGCCAAGGCCCCAAGGAGGCCCUACACCUGUUUCAGGCCCAACAAGAGAACCCUGAACUUGUCUGGAAGGAGGAAACACGGCAACGGCUAUGCCAGACAGUGCGCCGCAUGGCUCUCGAGCAGUGGAACCUCCAGAAGAAAGACCCCAAAGCUAGUUGCAAGCUGCCAGCUGAGUUCAGUCUGGUGGAGGAAGACCCCUCGGAGCUGGUGGUGGCAGGUGUCUACGUGCGCCUGUUCGUGCAGAAUCCAGGAUGGACACUACGCCGGCCACAGGAGUUCCUCACCGAGUGCCUCGACCGCAUCUGUGGCCUCCUUGCCAAGGAGCCCCUCGAAACCGACAAGGAGGAAGGCGGCCCCUUAGAUCUGCUGUGCACGGCCGCAUGCGGUGUGCUUCAGGGCCAGCCGAACCUGCGGGAGCGGCUACCCGUGCUAGGGCACCUUCCUCAGCUGUGUCAAGCACUGGCACGUAGGCCGGGCCUUCCCGGCUGCCUUCGCAUCCUGCACCAGGCCAGCUCCAGCCAGGCCUGUGUACAGUCGGUGGGCGUGGCCUGCCUGGACCCCCUGGGCCGGUCCUUGUCAUGCCCCGAGUCGGCCCAGCUGGCCUGCCAAACAUUACUAGGGCUCUGCCAAGCUUCUGUGCCUGGUCUCGUUCAACAGGCUGUGCGUGGUGGCCUGGUGGAACAGCUGCUCAACCUUUUGAGCAAGCCCUCAACAAGCGCAACAACCAAAGCGCAUGCUGUGCAGGCACUCAAGGCCAUGGCAGCAGACAUGGCCAGCGGGGACCAGGUGAACAACCUUCUUGGCCAGUCCAGCGUCUGGUCCGACUACAAGGACCAGAAGCACGACCUCUUCAUGGCGCCUGCUUCCACGGCUGGCUACCUGCCCAGUGCAGGUACGGCUAUCGCUGGCUACCUCACCCAAGGCUCGAGCCAGCACAUGCCACAGACGCCGCCACCCCUGGGCGAGAGCUGAUGCCUGCUGGGACUUAUACGCGACACAAACGUGCCUUCCACUGUGAUGUUGGGUUCGCUGCCAAACCCUGUUCCUAUCUGGUCCAAAGCUGUGUGUGGGGAGGGGGAGCGUGGUGUCUGUCUGCGGCAUGGCUUGGAGAACGCAAGCUGGCCUGGUGAAGAAAGCCCCCUCCCUGCAUAAGCCACCUGGCAACGAGGUCCGACUCAGCGCUACUACUCUUAUCAUACGUCUCGGCGCUGGUGGCAAUGCCGUGGCUUGUUGUCCGUCUCGUGACUGAACUUGUGCCUCCCCUGGCAUCCCGAAUUGCAACUGCAGCACUCUUGCUGGAGUGAUGUCCAAGCCAAAGGAGCGAGGCUGUCGUGCUGUUUCCCCCUCUUCUGGGCAGCUUGCCAGAUUGUUUAUAACACUCGUCAAUGCAACGAGUCUCUCCUGGAGCUAUCAAAGUGUCAGCCACAUUUAGAGCGACCCGCAGACGAGGCGUCUGCGGGUCGACGAUUUGUAUACCAGUUUUGUUUGCCUUCAUAAUUUUUAAUGUUGUUACUUUUCGACUUUUUUUCCAAUUUCUCUUGCUGUGGCUGCAAAGUGGAAAAGUUGGGGCUUUAAUGCUCGCCGGUGCCGUUGAGGAAAGAGUAGUUUUACAAUGGCCGUCGGUAGGUGCCUGUUUAUGUAAAUUGUCCGUCGUUUUUGGCUACAGAAAGUGUGGAUGUGAUGCUUAUUCGGAAAUGCUUGUGCGUGUUUUGAAACCGGUUUGCAAUAAAGACAUUCCCCUUGCA